AGGCUGAGGCUCCACUGCGAUCGCUGAUUGGUUGCCGAAGCCUUGGUCCCAUCCCAGUGACCCCAAAGUGCUGGAGGGAGGGGGUGGGGGUGGCCCAGUGCAAAGUGCAUCCCGCAAACCCCCUGUCCGGAGACCCCACAGCUGGCACAUCGGACCCUGUAUGACCUGGGACCUCGCUGUCCCGAGACCUCCUGGUCCCUCGGUAGCUGGAAGCCUCUGGCCCGGAGCGCGGCAGCCCGCUGCUUCGAGCCUCUGGACCGGGACUGCCCCCCCAACCCAAGCCGGGACUUCCUCCCUGCACCCCUGCCCGGAGGCUGCCCGGCGGCCGGGACCGCCACCUCCCGCCUGUUUUGCUGUCUGGAUGCUCUCCGGGCUGGGGCCGUAAGACACUGAGAAGGAUCAGGAACACCCAGGUCCGGCCCUGAGUGGGGUGUUUCUUCAAUGGAGAAGUUGGUGAGUGUGGAGGAGGCUGAAAGGAGGAAGAGAAGCAGCAGCUGAGGAGACAGGUUUGAGCUGGCUGAAGGAGACAGAAAAGCUGGAAGGGGUCUGCCGACCCACCAGAGAAGCAGCAGGCACAGUGCCUCUGACCAGCAUCCUUUAAAAAGGCUAAUCCCUGUGACCUAAUGAAUCUUUUGUAAAAAGUGGACUCAGCUAGGAUGUUACACCACCACUGUCGAAGGAACCCUGAACUCCAGGAAGAAUUGCAGAUUCAGGCUGCAGUGGCUGCCGGCGAUGUUCACACAGUGCGGAAGAUGUUAGAACAAGGCUAUUCUCCAAAUGGCCGAGAUGCUAAUGGCUGGACCCUGCUACAUUUCUCUGCAGCAAGAGGAAAGGAAAGAUGUGUUCGAGUAUUUCUAGAACACGGAGCUGAUCCCACAGUUAAGGAUUUAAUCGGAGGCUUCACAGCUCUUCAUUACGCAGCCAUGCAUGGGCGGGCCCGGAUUGCACGCUUGAUGUUAGAAUCUGAAUACCGGAGCGACAUCAUUAAUGCAAAAAGCAAUGAUGGUUGGACUCCCCUCCAUGUGGCUGCCCACUAUGGCAGGGACUCAUUUGUCCGACUUCUACUGGAGUUCAAGGCUGAGGUCGACCCGCUCAGUGAUAAAGGUACAACACCGCUUCAGCUCGCCAUUAUCCGAGAGAGAUCAAGCUGUGUGAAAAUCCUCCUGGACCACAAUGCCAACAUUGACAUUCAGAAUGGCUUCCUGUUGCGAUAUGCUGUGAUCAAAAGUAAUCACUCUUAUUGCCGAAUGUUCCUUCAGAGAGGGGCAGACACAAACUUGGGCCGCUUAGAAGAUGGACAGACUCCUUUACACUUGUCUGCCCUUAGGGAUGAUGUGCUCUGUGCACGGAUGUUAUACAAUUAUGGAGCGGACACAAACACAAGGAACUAUGAAGGACAGACCCCACUGGCUGUUUCAAUAAGUAUUUCUGGAAGUAGUCGACCGUGUUUGGAUUUCUUACAAGAAGUCACAAGACAGCCCAGAAACUUGCAGGACCUGUGCCGAAUUAAAAUUCGACAAUGUAUAGGCCUUCAAAACCUAAAGCUACUUGAUGAACUACCAAUUGCCAAGGUCAUGAAAGACUACUUAAAACACAAAUUUGAUGAUAUCUGAUAAUACCAGAACUGUGAGCAAGAUUAGGAGUUAUAUUCCAGAUACUUAAAAGGCUUUUUGCCUUGCACAAAGUAUAUCCUAUGCAAUUUCUGAUUUGCUGUGAAGUCAGAAAGCAGGUAUACACUUUUAGGUUUUCUGUUUAUUUGUUUGGUUUUCAUUGUAGGGGAGGGAUUUUUAUAUAUAUAUACAUACAUAUAUAUAUAUAUAUAAACACACACACACACGUACACACACACCCCCACAUGCUUAAGGUCUUAAUUUGGUUUCUUGGUCCAAGUUUAAGAGGUCCAGGUUUUCUAUACAACAUUGCAUUUAGAAAAAUUGUUUUUCCAAAAUGACAGAAGCAGAUUUGGAGCGGAGAAUUUACCCUUUUUAAAUUUAUGGUUUCAUUGGUGAACAUGGUAUUAUAAACCAGCAGAGCACUUGUUAAAAUUUGGAGGUACAGUUUCACCCUGGGGGAGGGUGGGAGAGUUGGACCUGUGUUAUUCUAGAAAAUGCCCUAAGAAUUGUUUAAAGUAAUGCUGUCACCGCAUUCAUUUUUAAUGAGUACAAAUUGGCUGUUUCAUACUGUUCUUCUUCUCAAUUAAUAUCGCUUUCAGAUGACAUAAAUCCAAUACCUCUGCUUUCCUUUUGGUGUGCUC